AUGAGUGAGGACAAGAAGACUAAAGUCCUGCUGUUCGGGCUGGGAGCAAUAGGAGGCUUCUACGCAUUCAUCUGCGGACGAAACGAUGAUGUAGUCUUAAGUGUUGCUGCGAGAUCUAAUUAUGAGGCUGUCAAGGCCAAUGGUUUGAAAAUCGAAAGCGAAGGGCAUGGCAGCCACAAGGUCAGGAUCGAUCAUGUCCUCCACACUCCCUCGGAAGCAGGCCAUAGGUUUGACUACAUCGUCUGCGCCCACAAAGCAGUCAAUCCUUCCGCCACACCUCCGCUAUUCAAGGACGUUGCAGACGAGAAAACAACCUUCGUCCUGAUCCAAAAUGGCGUUGGCAACGAGGAGCCCUUUCGCGAAGUCUUCCCAAAGUCUACCAUUAUUACUUGCGUAACCUGGACCGGGGCCGUUCAGAAGACCUCCGGAGUGAUCAGCCAUGGUGAGAACGAGGGAUUGGAAAUUGGUCUCUACCAGAACCCGGAUGUCGACCAGACUACAGAGAAGGCCAGGCUAGAUAGAUUCGCUGAAAUGAUGAAGAAGGGUCGGACGACGUAUAGUAUCGAGGAAAAUAUUCAGGUGAAGCGGUGGGAGAAGUGUGUCUGGAACGCCGCUUGGAACCCCAUAACGACCCUCACGCAAGUGGACACACAGACCUGGCUCCACUCGUCGCCCGAAGCUAUGGCAACGACGAGACAACUCUGGCACGAGAUGAUCGAUGUAGCGAAGAGAUGCGACGUUCCCUUGGAGCACGAGCUGGUCGAUCGAUUGAUGGAGAAGAUCCUAUCGAUGAAGGGUGUCUUUAGUAGUAUGUACGUCGACUCGCAAGCAGGUAGGCCGAUGGAAGUGGAUGUCAUUCUUGGUACUGCUGUGAGGAAGGCGAAGGAAUUGAAGAUGGAGGUGCCGGUGUUGAAUGCGAUCUACGCGAUGACUGCUGCUGUUGAUCAGAGGAUUACAACCAACUUGAAGUAG